AUGAGUCCCAGCAUCAUGUUGUCUGACCAUAUUGUUUCACAUAUUGUGCGCUUGCACCGUAUUCUCAGCUUUCAUCAUGGUGGUAACUUGCUGCUGGUAGGACCAUUAGGAUCACAUCUUUCAAAUCUGUGCCGCCUUGCUUUGUACAUAGCUGACAUCCCCAUUCACAAAGUGGACACAUCCAGGCAAAGCAGCUUCUUUGAUGGGCUCAGGUCAGCCAUAAGGCUCAGCGGCUCAGAAGACAAGGUUAUUUCAGUACUGCUGACAUCUCAAGACCUGCACGAUCCCAGCUACCUUGAUGCCAUCAACAGUCUGCUCAUCUGUGGAGAGUAUUCACAUUUGUUCUCUAAUGAUGAGAUUGAUGGUCUUCUCCAGGCCAUACUUCCAACAAUGAAGAGAGAGCUGCUCUGGGUUUCUGUAGAUCCCAUGAAAUAUUUUAUUUCAAGGGUGAAAUGUAAUCUUCAUUUUGUGAUCUGCUUACAGUCAAGUCAUGAUCUACUUAAAACAGCAAAAGACAACUUCCCUGGCCUUUUGACUGGUUGCCAGAUUAACUGGAUGUGUGACUGGCCACAGGAAGCUUUGCUGAGUGAGGCAUCCUAUUUUGUAGCCACACUCCAACUGUCUGAGGAAUUUGAGAACUUAAGUGAGAACAUUGCUGAGUGUCUGGCCAACAUACACGGUUGUGUACUGAGAGAGUGUGGCCGUCUGUCGUGGGCUGGAGAUAUCAGUGCUGAGAUACACCUAACAUCUUGCACACCCCUGGAAGAGAAGAAAGAGCAGCUGAGAGCAGAAAAUGCUAUUGUUCCCAACCUGCCUUACUCCAAGGUCAUCCUACUGGAGAGAAUCAGACUCAACCACUUGAAUGAAAACAGCAAAGCUAGAAAUGAAAUCUAUGUUGGACCGACAUCAUACAGACGGUUCAUGGAUACCUUUAGACAUUUGUAUUUAAACAAGAAAAAGGAGAGAACUGCUUCCUUUGAAAAAUUGAAAGCACUAGCCACACUUGACAGGACAAAGGCAGACAGCAAAAUCAUGAAAAAAGCCAUUAUGACUACUACAGCUCAGUUUGAAGAGGCACAGGGAAAAACAGCACAGAUAUUGAACAGACUGACUGUGAAGGUGACGACCUUAGAAAAGUUGAAGGCCAGAGUUGGGAUUAGCAAAUCUCUUGAUGCUUACCUGCAGUUAGAUGAAAUAAAUGUGGAGAAUGAGGAAGAAGAUGAUUUGCUGAAAGAAGAGGAGUAUGAUGAGUAUGAUGCUGAGUUUGACAGAAUGAAAGAGGCAAAUAUGAAAACUCGUGGAGUGCAGGCCAAAGAAGAGUUAAUUGAUAUACAGGCACAAGUAAAGGAAUGUAGAACCAGUCUGGCAUAUGCAAGACAGCAAGUAAUGCAUUGGAAAAGCAAAGUAGACCGCAAUGUGGUUGAAAGAAUUCGAGCUUUUCAGAACCCACCUGUUCUUGUUGGACAAGUUGUUGAAAUGGUUUUGGUGCUUAUUGGCAAGCGCCUGCCACCUCAAAGAAUCGGCGCAGCCAAGGAGAGACACUCUGGCAGAGAAGACUUGUCUUCGCAUUUGUCGACUAGUUCAGGCAGUAGCAGACUGAUAGCAAAGAAAGGUUU